GCAAUGAUAGCCGGAAGCAUCGAUGGGAGGAAAAUAAAAAUCGAUUAAAUCCACUGUAAUUCGCGAGUGUAAACCUCUCACUAACUGUCCUUUUUGCGACCGUAGGCUCGUAUUUCUCAGUCUUUUACACUGCAGCUGUGCUGGAGGGGACGGUAGAGAGCAGAAACCUGCUCCAUUUGAACGAAGUUGCUCGGUAGGGGUUUAGCUGACGUGUGGAGAAGUUGAGACUGCCAGAGAGCAGAUAAACAAAUACAAACAAGCAGGGAUCAGCUGAGCGCCUGUCCGAACCGAAUCAGCAGCCCGGAGAGAUGGCAGGGAGAGCGAGACUCCUCUUUUGCGCCCAAGAAUGAUCCACAGGAGACCGUGACUUACACUGAUACUUGCUCCAUGUCAACUGUCAACACUGGCACACAAAGAAUUUCGGAAACACAACACGAGGACCAGCCAUAGGCUUUAGCAGAAAAUCCACUGCUCCUGUCACUGUCUCUUUUUCAAGACAUAGCCAGGUUAGCAUGGACAGCCAAUGAGUUUACCCUCCACUUCUCAGCUGUAACGAAACGAAACACAUUACAGUGCAAGGAGACAGAGGAGUGGAACUAACAUGGCCCACCAGGCAACCCCUAGUUCCCAGAAGGCCCUGAUGAUGGAGCUGAAGUCUCUGCAGGAGCAGCCGGUGGAGGGUUUCCGCAUCACUCUGGUGGAGGAGUCUGACCUCUACAACUGGGAAGUGGCCAUCUUCGGACCCCCCAACACCCUGUACGAGGGCGGCUACUUUAAGGCUCACAUCAAGUUCCCAGUCGACUACCCGUACUCCCCACCAACUUUUCGCUUCCUCACUAAGAUGUGGCACCCCAACAUCUAUGAGAAUGGAGACGUGUGCAUCUCCAUCCUGCACCCUCCUGUCGAUGACCCACAAAGCGGGGAGCUGCCCUCUGAAAGGUGGAACCCCACUCAGAAUGUCAGGACCAUCCUGCUCAGUGUGAUCUCUCUGCUCAAUGAGCCCAACACGUUCUCCCCAGCUAAUGUGGAUGCCUCUGUUAUGUUUCGCAAAUGGAGGGACAGCAAAGGCAAGGACAAGGAGUAUGCAGAGAUAAUCAGGAAGCAGGUAAUGUCAACAGCAGCGGACGCUGAGCGCGAUGGCGUCAAGGUGCCGACCACAUUGGCGGAGUACUGCGUCCAGACCAGGGUUCCCUCUCAGGACAGCAGUUCAGACCUCCUCUAUGACGACCUCUACGACGAUGACAUGGAAGAGGAGGACGAAGAUGAAGACGAGAGCGAGAUGGAGUCCGUAGGUGAAGCCGGGGGGAUGAGCAGCGUGGAGGACGGCGGAACGUCUACCAGACGUUACGACAACCAGGACGACUCUGGCAACGAAGACUCAUGAUGAUCUGGAUGAUAACACCUCCCUGCCAACUCCCCCGCCACCGUCCCUCUUUUUUCAAUGUGUGUGCGUGCGUGCGUGUGUGUGUGUGUGUGUGUGUGUGUGUCUGCACAUACAGUGGGGUCAAAAGUCUACUGCCAAAAACUUUUCAUCAUUUAUUAAACUAAUAGUGUUUGGUCAAAUAAUAGUUCUCAGAUGCUGUUACAUAGCUUUUCAGCAGACGUUUGUUGGUACUGUUUUCACUGAAAGUCAGAAUUUGGUGUUUCCACCGUUUGCCUUAAUUACAGCUUGCACUCUGUCUGGCAUCAAAUGUUUUGCAGAGGUUGGGAGUUGAAUUAUUCCAGCACUGUUUCAGAGCACCCUGAGAGUGUUUUUGAUGUUAACUUUUAAAACGCUCCAUUGAAGCGUUGGAGGUUCCAUCCUUUUCCACACCACUUUAAACAACAAAUGAUGACAUGCUUCUGCAGAGUCAGUAGAAGUGUGCGACUCUAGACAAAGCGAAAUAUCCCUGCGCCUGAAUACUGACAUAACUGCAUUCAACUCUAGUUUUUAAUUCCUGUUUUUAAUCACUGUCUUGUGCAACAAAAUCCUCACUUAUUGCACUUCAAGUUGUUUGGUUUCAAUCAUGAAGUUAACCAUCUUUAUUUAAUUUCUUCAGUCUUCAUCAAUGAAAUAUCAGUAUUGUUGAGUCCAGGCUAAACCAUUACACUCUAAAUAGAGUGGUUUGGUCACUGCUACAGAUUUUUUUUUUUUAAUGCAGGCACGGCUCUGUUUUAUUGCAACAUUUAUGCUUUGUUCAUUGGUAUUCAGAUGGUCCCGGUCUGGAUGACAACAGCUUGGUUUUAUGAACGUCUUUCCAGCCUGUGAUUUAGUGCAGAAAACAGUGAGGCUCCAAAUUAACUUCACAAUGUCUUUUGACUUACGAGUACUAAUAGAAACAGUGCGGAACUUUGUUUCACAAAGUCCAAUAUGAUUUGUACUGCGCAACAGGAACCUAUAGAUGUUCAUGUUUGAAUCACGCUGUGUAGAAAGUCAGGCUAAAUCUUCUAGUUUAUCAUUAUUUCAUUUACUGAGGUGCACUUCCCAAAGAUACAACCGAUACUUGUAUUAGUUCUGAAUAAUGCAUUAUUUAUUUAAAAAAACCACUCUCUGAGUAAACAUUGUCUUAGUUUCGAUAAAUGAUGAAAACAAACUGUCCUUGUGGUGGUCUCUUGAACCCCACUGUAGCCAGCCGGCCCCUUGGCCUGGCUCGUCCACGACGGAUUGUUUGAUUUCGCGUUGAGAGAAAGAUUGGAUCUAUCCACUGUGUCUUUCCUUGUUGCUGUUUUUCUAUGUUUAUUUGUUUGACACUGUCCUCCCUGACUUGUCUCCUGUAUUUUCUGGGAUGGCUCAGACAGUCUGGCAUUGGGACACUCUGCUGUUUGGCUCAUUAACCAGUCGAUGAGCUGGCCAGCUUGUCCUGUCUCUGUCAUUCAGUGCGUCCCAUGGCAGAAGAUCUCUGUCCCUCACGCCUGUCUGUUCGACUUUGAUGCAAUCAACUUAAACUUGCAAAACGCGGGCUCUGCCGUGACUUCACUCUCCCGGGGGACACCUUCAGUAGUGUCCAUCACAAUGUCUCCCACAUGAUCGCCCCCCCUCCCCCCCUGCCAAAGCAACGUCAUUUGGUUAUGGGGUGAACAAGGUGAAGACUUUUUUUUUUUCUCUCACGUCGCCUCCUGCACCUCUCUCUGCCUCUUAAACCUCAGGGCCUCAAUAGACUUUCACUGAGAGAGAAAAGCCAGUCAAAGAGAACCUUAAGACACAAACUGCUCCUCAUCGCCACCUCCUUUUCUUACUUUCUGCAUCACUCGGUGUUAUUAGAGGGCCAAGAGUGCUCAGAAAGUCUCCAAUCCCACUGCUCGCGUUUACACGUGACUGAGUGUUGCUGUUGGUCCCGAUUAAGGUUCUUCAAGUCGUUUUCUUUUUUUGGUAGGAAAGAGUCAAAUAAAGAAAAAUCUAAAUACAUCCGUAGGGACUUUCUCCUCAAGGCAAAGCUCACAUUAUGUUGCGAUAGAUGUGAAAAUGUUCCGUUUUUGCGCCGUGACUCCAACUUACGCUUCAAUGCAAGCUAGUGAAAAUUGGACGUUGUUACCGUGCUGCACCACAUUAAGAGUCUGUUUAUCGACAGGGACAAAAUCAACACGCAGCUUAGAAACACAUUUGCAUUUGAAUGAACAUGACACUGAUUGCCUGUUAUCUGUGCGUGUGUGUAUAUUUACAUUUACUAUUCAUAUUGGCUAUGAUGUCAGGGUUUUCCUUGUUUCUGUUUCUGUGGAAUCAGUGGGGACUUCUGUCACAGGAGUUGAGUUUGCCCAAAUGACCUUUUCGACUUUGUCCAGUUAAGAAAACAUUCGGUGUGUUUGCACUUUGUCCUAGUGCUGUUUUGGGUGGCCCAAAUCGGCCAAGGAUUUGACUGAUUUAAAAAAAAAAAAAGAAGAAGAAGAAAAGAAAAAAAAAAAACACCCUCUAAGUAUUAAGCUUUUGAACACACUGAACAGCAUAAUGUGACUAAUAUUACUUGUGUUGCAUCAAGUACACCACACACUUUGAGCUAUGUUUUAUGAAUCUGCUGCCCCGUUUAACACAACGGAGCAACUGGGGCAAAACCUGUGAUUCCAACGGAUGGAUUUUAUGCCAAGGAACCCACGUACAGCCCCACCAACUGUUGAUUUUAAAGACUUAUGGAGCAAUGGAUGCAUGUAGUGGAUUUAAUGCUGUUUGAAAAAAACUCUUUAUGAGUUACCUUUUGGAUUUUAAUGUGAAGCCAAAGGAGUGAAACAUUUUCUCCUGGCCCUGCGCUUUGGAGGCUCACGUUGUGACUGGAUUCUGUUGAGGACGGGGAGACGAAAAAUCCACUCCUGAACCGGACCUUUUAUUGGAUUCGAUAUCACGGCACAAGAGGAGCUGGAUACAUGCCAGACAUUUGGAACUUUUCUUGACGUGGUCCCCCGUUUUUGCCCAUCCCUUACCAUAUAGAAAAGAAGUAAAAAUCAGUAGUAAGCAAUGAAAAGUACCAAUUUCAUGUGUGUCUGCUAACGGAAUAGUUGAACAUUUCAAGAAAUAUAUGUUUUCUGAUUGUGAGUUGGAUGCAAAGAUUGAUACCAGAAUGUCUAUUAAAUAUGGAAUUACUACCAGCAGCAGGUUAGCUCAUUUUAGCAUUAAAAGUAGAGUCUGUGAUUCUGGAGAAAGAUUGUUUAUACAUAGCUGGUUAGCACCUUGAAGCCCCUUUCAGACAUGCUGUCGUUUCUGUUAAUCUGAUGGCUUCUACAUGUGUCGGCUUCAUGUCACAAGAGAGCUGCUUUUCAGUGAAAGUCGCAAUGGCAGUAGGUUGAACCCAAUGACGCUUCUGUGUCGCUUUAAACGAGUCUGAACAGAUCGGCACAAAUAAGUAAUUUAGGUAAAGCUUUUUCCGCAUCUCAGCACUGGUAUUGGUCCAAAAAAUAUGAAAAUGUACGCAGAAGACUGAGCUUGAAUCUGAAAAUCACAGGACAUUUUUCUUUUCCUCUUUGCAAUUUUACAGUUAUUAGAAACUGAAAUUAAAAUAAAACUUACAGCAACGAAACAGACUAUAACAGAUUCAUGAGAUUCAUCUAUUAUAAAUAUGACCCAGAUUUUGGCUAAAUGUUAACAGGACUUUAGUUUGUUGCCUCCAGCUGUUCAGAGUCUUACCUCCGAGUUUAUAGUCGAUUAAAACCUGCAUCAAAAAGCAGCAGGCUCCACAGAAGUAUCUCAGAAUCAAGAGAGCAGCACGUAUUCACGCACAACAGAAGUAAGUGUAUUGAUUGCUAUAAUUAUAAAUUACCUCUGACGCGGAGACAGAAUCAGUCUAAUGGGAAGCCUGUCAUUUAUCACAAAGCAAACUUGGAUUCAACCUUCUGUUUGUAAGUGCAUUAUUAUGCAUUAUAUCACUAGAUGGACCAUCCAGCUUCACAUGUAUGACAAAUAUUACCUUGGCUCUCUGUGUCACUGUUGUGGGUGUAUCUGAAUGAAGCUGUGAGGAACGUUAAUGUAAAAGUGACCUCUGUGAUGACAGAAUGCCAUCGCUUCGACAGAUUGAUGUUAUGUAUCUCGUGUCUGAAAAGGGCUUUGGACAGCCAGAUUUACGGUGCCGCUCACUCCCACCGCCCCCGUCUUGUCGUCCCUCCUCCCUUCCCUCCUGUCCUGUGCAUGAGCAAGAACACGCAAAGGACGCUGUGGAAUAGUGUCGUGCAAAUCAGUCCGAGCCACUUUGUUUCCCUGUUAGAGAGCCAAGGCUGUGGAAAUGAUGCAAAGCAAGAGGACUGUGAGGAGAUAAACACUGAAUUUCACCAAAACUGUUGGAUGUGAAUCACUGACUCCACCUUUAAGACUGGAAACAGUGAAGCAUGUAGCCAGCAGGAACACAAUCUUUAAUUUAAUUUACACCUAAUUAACACUUUAUAUCUGUUUAAAAAAAAAGAACAGAGAAUGACAGGUUGGGGUUUUACCUGGUUUAUGUGCUGGACUAUAAUCUGGCCCGGAUUUCCCAAAAAAAUGCCUUUUGAAAAAAAAACAAAACACUUGAGGUUGCUUCCCCCUUGUUUCCAGUCUUUGUGCUAAACUAGGCAACUUGUGGCAGUAACUUGACAUUUAACAGACUACAACUUCUAUCAAUCUUCUCAUCUGAGCCUCAGCAAGAAGCAAAUUUCCCAAAAUGUCCAACUACUGCUUUCGAGCCAAGUUACUGCCUCCCAUCACAAGUUUGGAAAUCCACAUUUUUGUUUUGUUAGAGCGUCGUCUAGGUUUAGUGUAGCCCUUAUGAUAGCGAUUUGAUGAUCAGUUUGAAGCUCUUCAGUAUUCUGCAUUUUUAAAAUUUGAAUUAAUGCCUCUUUUUUUCACAACAGGGGCAGGUGGAGAACGGCUUAGAAGGCCUUUUGAGCGAAGAUCGAACUAUUUUUCAAAAACUCAAGCUAAGAAACGACUCACUAAAAACAGACUGCAGUCUAAGAUGUCGAGAUGUUAGUCCAUGCACACUGUUACGUACAAAAACUGAAUGAAAUCAUUUAGUUCAUUUAAUCUGUGUGUGUGUGUUUGUGUGUGAGUGAGCAUGUGUGUGCACAAGUGUGUAUUUUCUGAAGUGUUGGCCGACACUGUGAGGUCACACGCUUACCAGACUGACCUGUCCACAACGUUACCACAAUGUGUCCGCCGCACCUAUCGAUGUUAAAGCUGUCCUUGUUGGUUUCAUCUUUGAUUUUUUUUUUGUCUGUUUUUUUUUUCUCCCCCGCUCAUGAUUUUGUGUUUGUGAGGAUGCAAACAUCACUCAUAAAGUUUCUAUUGUAAAAAAACAAAACAAAACAAAACAAAAAAACAGAACUAGAUUGUUGGAUUUGUUUGCAAUAUUGCUUUGAUAUGUGUUACUAAAGCCCACGUGUCAUGAAAAACGGACAACACAGCAAGUUUUGGACUAAGAUUAGGAGCGAUAUUCAGAUGGACAGUUGUUGUGGUUAAGUUGGAGAAUCAUUCAAAAAUAAAACCGUAUGUCAUCAAA